AAGAACAAGUAAAGGACAAGGAGUGACUUUUCACACAUUUCCUGGGCCAGAUCAUGAUAAAAGAGAGUCAUGGAUUCAAUUCAUUCGGAAGAAUCGCAGUGAAGAAAAGUGGUUACCUUCAAAAUAUUCACGCAUAUGUUCCGCACACUUCAAAGAAGAUGAUAAAUACAUCACAAAAACAGGACGAGUUUAUUUGAAGAAAUCGGCAGUACCAUGCGAUAACCCAACAAAAUCUCCACAACCAGAAGUGUUGGAACCAUUGUCUGAAUCAGUGAGCAGUUCGGAUUCAAUUUUCGAUUCGCCGAAAAAAAAUGUACGUAAACAAUACAUACGCAAAGAAUCUGCUACUAAACAAAAACUUUUAGAACAAAUUAGGAAAAUACAGAGACAAAACAUUAAUCUCAAGAGAAGAUGUGCCUUCUACAGAUCAAUUGUGCAAAACUUAAGAGAAAAAUUUAGUCUGGAUUUAAAAACUCGGAAUGAUCUAAAAGCUAAAGAGGAAGUUGUCGACUUAAAACAAAAAUAA